AUGAAAUUUAAGCUUCUUUUUGUGAAUUUUAUACUCUCCAGUUCCAAGGAUAUGCCAGAUUUAGAAUUCCUAAAAUAGACACCUGUGAUUAUGCUGAAUGACAAUAACUGGGAUGCAGUCACUCAUCUAGGCAACGAAGGAUUAGAAAAACCAUGGUUUGUAUUCUUUUGGGCUCCCUGGUGAAAAGGUUGUCAUAGAAUGGUUAAAAUUUGGGAAGAAAUGGAAUCAACCCUACAAUGGCACUCUAAACAUUGGUGCGAUGGAUACGUUUCAAUUUACAUUAGCAAAGUUAUAAUUAAGAACUUAUUGGCGAUAGGAUUGGUAUAACCAAAUAUCCGACCUUUGUAAUUUUUGAUACUGAUAAUAAGAUGUAUUUUUAUAAAGAUAAAAUCAUUAAUUAAUCUCUAGAAUCUACCAACAUUGGUAAUUUCACUCGAUUCGUAGAUGAAAAGAAAUAUCUACAUCUAGAACCUUAUGACACUCCUAAAGAAAUUGAUCAUUUCAAAAAAUGGUUAAGAAGAAUAUUCUCAUUAAAAAUGGUAAUCAAUAACCACUUUCAUCUAGGUGCCUGUUUACGUCGUUGUUGCCUUUUAUAGUAGUUUUGACAUCCUUAUACAUUUAUGGUAAUAAGCAGGAGAGGAAGGCUAAAUCAGAAGCUAAAAGAGUAAUAUUAGAAUGAUAUAGAAAAUCAUUAGAGUAAUAAGAAAGGGAGGAGUACCUUAAGAAAAAAAGAGAUUAAUUUUGUUAAUAGGUUAAUAUUCUUAUAAUACUUUGUUUUCUUUCACUUCACAAUAUAAUAAUUAAAAUACAAACUUAAAAACUAAUAUUUAAUUUGAUUUUUUGUGA